AUGUUGAGUCUGAAGUGGAUCACUUCUUCGUCUCGACUCUUCGUCCUUGAAAAUGAUGCCCCUCAAGCGUUCUGUAACCUAGCUCCGUCAUUGCCCGGUGGUGGUGAAGUCAGUGCAUCACUCCUUGGCGGCAAACAGUCACUGCAGAUGAAAGUGGUGGCGUUAGAGACGGUUGGUACUAACAGUAACAACAGACAACGGUGGCCGCAGAAGCUACCUAGGAUCCCAAAAAAAAACGACUAUCUACACGAAGACGAUGCUUCCAGAGAACGCUGGGAUGGAGGUGUCUACAGUGAUGAAUUAGAGAAAAUCGAAAAGCAUUGGAGUAAGGACAAGAAGAAGAGCAGUCGAGAAGAAGAAAAGGGUUACCGAAAUAGGGAUAGAGACAGUUCUAAGAGAAACAGCGAUGAGGUCUUGAAAGAAAGGGAGAAAAAAUCCUCGGAAAAGGAUAGAACGUCAAGCAGGGAGAGGAGGAAGGAUGAAAGAGAUGAGCAUGGGAAGGACAGAAGUAAAGAUAGUAAGGAUAGAGGAAAGGAAAAGGACAGGGAGAGGGAUAGGGGAAAGGAUAAAACUAGAGAUAGGGACAGGGAAAAGGACAGAGACAAGGUGAAGGGAAGGGAAAAAGAGAGAGAGAAACUUAAGGAUCGAGAGAAGGUGAGAAGGACAGAGAUCGAGAGAAGGAAAAGGAGAGAAGGAAAAGGAGAGAAGUAA